CUCUCCUCUCCUCUCCUUCCUCAAUUUCACUCACUUCUGGACCUUCUACCGCUCUACCAUGGUGGAGAGUGGCUUCUCUUCUCCUCGAGCUGACGUCUUUCCUGCUGGCCUUCGUGUUCUCGUCGUUGAUGACGAUCCAACCUGGUUGAAGAUUCUGGAAAAGAUGCUCAAAAAGUGUUCUUAUGAAGUGACAACUUGUUGUUUGGCAAGAGAUGCACUAAACAAGCUUCGUGAAAAGAAAGAUGGAUUUGACAUCGUGAUCAGCGAUGUCAACAUGCCUGACAUGGAUGGAUUUAAACUUCUAGAGCAUGUUGGACUGGAAAUGGAUCUUCCUGUGAUUAUGAUGUCUGUUGAUGGAGAAACAAGUAGGGUCAUGAAAGGCGUUCAGCAUGGAGCAUGUGAUUACCUUCUUAAGCCUAUAAGAAUGAAAGAGCUUCGCAACAUAUGGCAGCAUGUAUUCAGAAAAAGGAUACAUGAAGUGAGAGACAUAGAAAGUCUGGAAGGACUAGAAAUUAUUCACAUGACAAGAAGUGGUUCAGAUCUGUCUGAUGAUGGGAGCCUCUUUAGUGAAGAUACAACUUCAGCAAAGAAAAGAAAAGAUGCAGAAAGCAAGCAUGAUGGCAAGGACUUCACAGAUCUUUCAUCUACCAAGAAAGCAAGAGUUGUUUGGUCAGUCGACCUUCAUCAAAAGUUUGUCAAAGCUGUUAAUCAGAUUGGAUUUGAUAAAGUUGGUCCUAAGAAAAUUCUUGACUUGAUGAACGUACCAUGGUUGUCUAGAGAAAAUGUUGCUAGCCACUUGCAGAAAUACCGCCUCUAUUUGAGUAGGUUGCAGAAGGAAAAUGAUACAAAAAAUUCUUUCCUUGGCACAAAGCAUGCAGAUUCACCUCCAAAAGAUUCUGCAGGAAGUUUUGGGCUUAAGAAUUCAACAAACAUUCACCAGAACGAUGUUUCUUGUGGAAGUUAUGGUUUUCCGGUUAGUAACUCACUUGUCCAGAACAUUGAUAUCAGUGGCCAUGAAGGUGACCAAAAGGGAACUGCUUCAGUGCCUGGGGCAGAUACAAAAGGAGCUUUGUCUGUAGAUGUUCCUGGUCCUCAUAAAGCCACAUGUUCACAGAUGUGCUUUGAUCGUUCCUUUGCACCAAUUGAUUCUGCCCUGAGCUAUGCAUCAUUCGAUUCUACUAUCCCAACAGGGUACCCUUGGAGUGGAAUUCCUGAGAUUCAGUUCAGCCAAGAAGGCAAACCGCUUGAUUUGGACAACUGCUUCAACCAACUACCACUGCCCAGUCCACAGCGCCACAGUCAAACAGAAUAUCGCCAACCUCCUCCACCCAUCAGUUCUAGACCUUCCAUAACUGAAAGAGAUGUAAGUACAAGCGUUGAUGUCAAACCUUCAUUUGACGACUGCAGAGGCAACUGCAUCAACCACUACAAUCCAUUUCCUGUUCAAAAGAGCCAAACACUCACCAGUCAAGGUUUUGAGUCCAUUUCUGCUACUACAUUAAACAUGAAAGGUCAGGGCGUCAGUCUGAAUUGCCUCACUGAUUGGGAACCCGUGCAGAAAAACGUAAAUUGGGGAAUUGGGGCACCUUUUGCACCUCUGGAUGAGGACUUACAAGUCUAUUGGCUUCAAGGUGAUUGUUAUGCUAUGAAUCUUGGUCUCCAGAACUUAGAUUUUAUAGAUUACAAUGACCCAACACUCUUUACCGAAGUUCCUUCUCUCUUUUAUGAUGCAUUGAGGUUCGACCACGAGCCUCUCUUUGACCCAGCAGAAUCUUCCGUAAUAGACCAAGGUUUGUUUAUAGCAUGAAGUUGCUGUGUUAUCUUAUCACAUGAAGGAUCCUUUCCUAUUUUAGCUAAACCUACCUAUUAAACGGGUAUUUUAACUGUAUUAGAGUAUUAGGGAUGUAAUUUUCCCACUCGGUAUGGAGUUGGAUGUUGAAACAUGUAUGUUAAAAGUGGUGAUAAACAUUGAGCAUAAUAACUCAAGCUUGUUCGAGUUUUUAACAUGGCACAUGCAUCUCUCAAUGUUGUAUAAAUUUUCAUGCUGUGAACAUUGGUAUAGGUAUAUAUGUUGUGCAACCGUGGAUGUAAAUAGCUGCUGAGUGCUCAUAUUUGUAAAGGAUUAGAGAGAAGAAAAAUGGAGAAAAAUC